AUGGAGAUGUGGCUCGGCAUGAAGCGGGCUAUCAACGCGGCUGAGCACGUCCAGAAGAAGUACGAGGAGGGCCGAGCCAAAAUUGCCGAGGUUGGGAAGCGACUCCAGGAUGCGGAUCGGCAUGCGGAGGAGAACGCUGCCAAGAUAACCGAGCUAUCCUCCAGGUUGGCGGAGGCCAAAAGGGUGGCAGUGGAUGCCGAAGGGGUGAGGGCGAGGGCAGAGACGGCGAAGGAGGCCAAGCUUCGGUCUCGGGCGACAGAGUUGGAGGAGGCCAAAAAACAGGCCAUAGCUGAGUACCGAAACUCGCCGGAGUUCGUGGUAUUGCUGGACAAUGAGGUGAUGGAGCAAUGCGAGGAUCUCAUCUACCGGUUCAAGCGCUUCAAUGCCGAUAAAAAAAUUGAACUUGAACUUCGUCCGGGAUCCACCGCCGUUGCCCGAGAGGGUAACCAAGGAGAUGGUCGAGGCGUACCUCGAGGAGGAUGCCGAAGUCGAUUCCUUGAGCGACUCAGAAUCGGACAGUGA